AGCUGAGUCAGUAUAGGAACUGGUAUUUGUACACAAAGUCGUGGUUGAAAUCGUGUUUUAUAAAGUGUAGUGAGUUUAAAUUUUAAAUUUUAAACAAUGAAGGAUACAACAAGUAAUAAUAGUAAUAUUCAAACGAAAAAACCAACGUACAAAGAUUAUCAAAAUUUUUUGUUGAAUUACGAUGAGCAAACAAAGAAUGGGAUGGUGAUUAGCCCAGCUUCUUCAAGUUCGAGCAUUCAAUCCGAACAAAAUGAUGUUACAACGCCGAAAACUUACAACCAGUACCUUCAAAAUUAUGGAAAUAAAAAGUUUGGGAGUGUUAGAUUAAAAAAAGAAAAUGUUUUGGAGAGUUUAAAUGAUCAAAUUGAUGGGGGGAAAAAAAUUGUUCGAAGUGAAUUGGUGAUUAAUAUUAAUCCAACGAAAAAUGUUUCGGUUAAAUCGCCCAUCAUGAACCGAUCCCCUGAAAUAAGGGUUUCACCCAAACCUGAUAAUUCAGGAGUUCCUGAUCAUUUGAUUUAUGCGAAAAGUGCCGUUUUAGAAGAAUUACUUUCUAAAUCCCCAACUUUAAAAAAACCCAACACAACUAGCAAUAUUUAUAAAAGAUUAGAACAGUUUACUCUUCAAAAUGAAUCAAAAAGUUCUACGAGAACGUUCCCACCAAAACUUCCAUCGACACCUCCCCCACAACUUCCUCAAUCUAAUCCACCACCAAUUCCAAAAACUCUUCCCCCAACCCUUCCAAAAUUACACCCACCAUCACUUCCAACAUCUCCAACUCCAAUGAGGGUAGAAUUAAAAAAAUCGAUUUCAAAUGGACCACCAUCCCCAAAACCUCCAAUUCCGCAAAAAAAUUUCUUAAUAUCAGAACUAAAUAAUGAAGGAAAAAAAAUUUAUAUUCCCCCAGCUCCGCCGAUCAAUCAAUUAAACCAAAUUAAUAAUCAGAAAAUGUUAUCGAAUACAAGAACGGUUGUCCCAGUAACUGAUGGAAACGCAGAGGUUGAUAAGAACGAUCCAAACGUAAAAAAGUUGAUUUAUAACACUUAUAGAGGGAUGUUGGGGGCUUAUAAUAAUAAGGCGAAUAAUAUGGUGUCUACAUUGCCUAGGAAUUUUGUUGUGCAAGAUAAAGGUGUUGCAAAACAAUUGGAAAGUAUAAACGCGCAAGGAUGUUUAUCGAAUUUGAAUGGAAGGGUGAAUCCAAAUCCUGAGGAUUAAGUUAUUUCUAUUUUUUACCUAGAUAAUAUAAUAUUAUAAUUUCUCAUAACAUUAUUUAUAAUCUUUUCGUUUAUGAGAUAAAAAAAUUAUUCAU